GGGCGCGGGAGUUUUCGGGGCGGCCCGCGGCGACUUGCGGGGCAUGGGCGCGGCGCGCGGCCACCGCGCCGGCUUCUCGGCGGGCUCCGCCGCAGGCUUCGCGGCGAACGCGGGCUUGGCGCGCUCCCGCGGCGCCUCGUCGGAGUCGGAGUCGUCGCCCCAGUUGCCCUCCUUGGUGUCGAAGAGCGACUUCUUCGCGGGCGCGGGCGCCGCUGCGGUCGCCGCCGCCUUCGAGGCAGGUGGUUCUGACGACGCGGGCGCGGCCGGCGCGGCAUCGCCGGCGCCGGGCGGCAUUUCGGUAGACGACGUCGACGCGAAGGAGGAGGAAUCAUCAUCAACAGGCGGCCGCGGCGUCACGAGCGGAUCAGCCGCAUCGUCCGAGAAGUCGUCAUCCGAAUCCGCGAAGGAGUCCGAGUCCGUGAAGGCCGGCACCGGCGCGGCGGCCUUCUUCUUGCGGCGCCGGGGCGGCAUGCUACGCCUUCUCCUGCUCCACGAGGCUCCGCAUCAGUUCUUCUACACAGGCGUCCGUCUCCUCGUACGUGGCACCUUCGUUCUUAAAAACCUUAUCGAUAGCGCGCGCGGCGGCUCUCUGCCGCGGGUUCCACUCGACGCUAAAGUCCUUGGCGAUGUUGCCCAUGUACGCCUUCUGCUGCGGUGUCGGGUUCUUGGGCCACUCGGGCUUGCCGAUGAUAAUGGCCUUCUGCUCGCGCAGCGCUUUUGCCGUAAUCACAGGCUUGUCGGUCUUGUCUCCGAAGGCUGCGAGGCGCGCGAUCGGGCGGCGCUCGACCCAGGGGAGCUCGGGAGCGUCGUCUUCGUCCUGGUCGGGCGGCAUGCGGGGCCCGCCGGGGCUGGCGCAGUUUGUGGGCGUGCGCGCUCGUAAAGAGGAAGACGGCGGUCUCUGGCCUUCCUGCGCCCCAAACAGACCGCUUUUAGUUCGCAGGGCAGCCU